CUAGGGGCGCUGAAGGUUUUCUUCUCUGUUUAUUAAGACCAAAGAAAUCAGCUCAGUGGUUUCAGGAAGUGCAGAAGUUGUUGUGAAGCUGGCUGACAUCAACCUCGAAAUCUGAAGUGAUGGCUAGACCCAGAGUAUCUUCCAUUGAUGGGAAGUUGGCAUCAGAAUUUGCAGUCCCCUGCCAUGUUGAUGAGGUUAAAGAGAAGAUGACCGCUUUUGCCAGUCAUCAUGCUGCAGCGGGUCGCAGAGUGGUUCUCAUCACAUCAGGAGGCACCAAAGUUCCCCUAGAAUCCCGCACCGUCCGCUUCCUGGAUAACUUCAGCAGCGGAAGGCGAGGAGCCUCUUCAGCAGAGUAUUUCAUGGACUCAGGCUACGCAGUCAUCUUCCUGCACAGGCAUCGCUCCCUCUACCCCUACGCUCGAAUGUUUUCUACCAUAAACAUGCUGGAUGCCCUAAAGUUCAGAGGAGAAGAAGAAGCAUCCUCUGGAGAAGUGGUGGUUAACCAGCAGGUGCUUCCCAACAUCGCCAAAGCUCUGAAGAGAUACCAGGAAGUGAAGGAAAGCAAACUCAUUCUGCCAAUCGAGUUCAGCACUCUGUCAGAGUAUCUGCAUCUACUCAAAGCAGCAGCACAGGCACUCAGCACUAUAGGAUCAAUGGCCAUGUUUUACUUGGCUGCAGCUGUGUCCGAUUUCUACAUCCCAGCAUCUGAGAUGCCUGAACACAAAAUCCAGUCUUCUAAUGGACCUCUUCAACUCAGCUUGAACAUGGUACCCAAAAUACUGUCCCCGCUGGUGAAGGACUGGGCCCCUCAGGCUUUUGUCAUUUCUUUUAAGCUGGAGACAGAUGCAUCCAUCCUGUUGGACAAGGCUCGCCGGGCUCUUGACACCUACAGGCAUCAGGCGGUAGUGGCCAAUGUGCUGGACUCUAGACGGGGCUAUGUGGUGGUGGUGACCCCCGAGACUCAGGCUGAGCUGAUCCUCUCAGAGGAGGAUGCCAAGAAUGAGGUGGAGAUAGAGGAGAGGAUAGUGAGCAACCUGACCUCAGCGCACGACAAGUUUAUAACUCAACUAGGGGGCUGACAGAAAUCAUCCAUACUGCACGCCCGAGUCAUGAUGCAGCUAUAAGUUGUUGUGCGCUGACCCGUUUGUUGAGCUCUGCUUGAAUACAUCAUACUUAUAAAGCUGUAUGGUGGCAUAACCUUAGUAAUAACCAUAAACACAUCAUGACCUUCUAAUAUACUGUAAGAAAAUGGUCAUCCAAGCUUUGAAUGCUGUUUCUGUACAAAAGACAAGUUAUUGAAACUUUAUUAAACGUUUAUUGACAAGAACAAAGUCAUGUUAUUGUCUUUUCUACAACAAGGACUGACGGUUGAAUAAUUCGGUGACAUGCUUUACUACAAAUCUAUAAUAAAAAUCUACAAGUUCAA